GCAUGGCCGCCGUCGAGGCAGAGGAGCGGGCCACGUUCGGAGCCUGGGACUACGGGGUCUUCGCCCUGAUGCUGCUGGUGUCCACCGGCAUCGGGCUGUGGGUCGGUUUAGCGCGAGGCGGGCAGCGCAGCGCCGAGGACUUCUUCACCGGGGGUCGGCGCCUGUCCGCCCUGCCGGUGGGCCUCUCGCUGGCCGCCAGCUUCAUGUCGGCGGUCCAGGUGCUGGGGGUGCCAGCCGAGGCAUACCGCUAUGGCCUCAAGUUCCUCUGGAUGUGCCUGGGACAGCUGCUCAACUCUCUGCUCACUGCCCUGCUCUUCCUGCCCGUCUUCUACCGCCUGGGCCUCACCAGCACCUACGAGUACCUGGAGAUGCGCUUCAGCCGCGCCGUGCGGCUCUGCGGGACUCUGCAGUACCUCGUGGCUACAAUGCUGUACACCGGCAUAGUGAUCUACGCCCCUGCGCUCAUCCUGAACCAAGUGACAGGGCUGGACAUCUGGGCGUCGCUCCUGUCUACCGGAAUCAUCUGCACCUUCUACACUACUGUGGGCGGCAUGAAGGCUGUGAUCUGGACGGAUGUAUUUCAGGUCCUAGUGAUGCUGAGUGGUUUCUGGGUUGUCCUGGCUCGUGGAGCUGUGCUUGUGGGUGGACCUGGGCAAGUACUCGAGCUUGCCAAGAACCACUCCCGGAUCAACCUGAUGGACUUUGACCUGGACCCGAGGAGCCGCUACACGUUCUGGACUUUUGUCGUGGGUGGCACGUUGGUGUGGCUCUCCAUGUACGGGGUGAACCAAGCCCAGGUGCAGCGCUACGUGGCCUGUCGCACAGAGAGGCAAGCCAAGCUGGCUGUGCUCAUCAACCAGCUGGGCCUGUUCCUGAUCGUGUCCAGCGCUGCUGCCUGUGGCGUCGUCAUGUUCACGUUCUACCUUGACUGUGACCCUCUCCUGGCGGGGCGUAUCUCUGCCCCAGACCAGUACAUGCCCCUGCUGGUGCUGGACAUCUUUGAAGACCUGCCUGGAGUCCCCGGGCUCUUUCUGGCCUGUGCCUACAGUGGGACCCUCAGCACCGCAUCCACCAGCAUCAAUGCCAUGGCUGCCGUCACUGUGGAGGACCUCAUCAAACCUCGGCUGCCGAGCCUGGCCCCUCGGAGACUGGUCAUCAUCUCCAAGGGGCUCUCACUCAUCUACGGCUCAGCUUGUCUCACCGUGGCAGCUCUGUCAUCCCUGCUGGGGGGUGGUGUCCUCCAGGGCUCCUUCACUGUCAUGGGGGUCAUCAGCGGCCCCCUCCUCGGAGCCUUCAUCCUGGGGAUGUUCGUCCCCACCAGCAACACACCGGGCGUCCUAUCCGGGCUGGCAGUGGGCUUGGCGCUGUCGCUGUGGGUGGCCGUGGGCGCCACUCUGUACCCGCCUAGCGCGCAGUCCAUGGGGGUCCUUCCGUCAUCAGCCGCUGGCUGUGCUGUGCUCUCAGCCAACGCCUCUGGUCUCCUGGACCCUCUUCUCACCGCCAACGCCUCGGGCAGGGUCUCCAGCCUGGAAAUGGACCCUGGUCAGCAGACCUUAGCUGACAACUUCUAUGCCAUUUCCUAUCUCUAUUAUGGUGCCUUGGGCACAUUGUGCACUGUGCUAUGUGGAGCCCUUGUCAGCUGCCUGACGGGCCCCACCAAGCGCGGUGCCCUGGGUCCUGGUCUGCUCUGGUGGGACCUCAUGCGGCAGACAGCAUCGGUGGCCCCCAAGGAAGAGGCGGCCGCCCUGGAUGACAGUUUGAUGAAGGGUGCUGAGGAGUUUCCCCCUGGAGCCAAGAGGCCUCCUGACUUUCUGUGCACCGACGAGGACCAUCUGCUCUACCUGGGUCAGAAGGAGGUGGAUGGAGCUGGUUCCAGGACACCAGGCAGUGAACACGACAAAGGUCUUGACCUGCAGGAGACAGACCUCUGA